GGGGAGGGAGCUCUAGGUCAUACCCAGCCCAGAGUGUCACUGUCAGAACAGCCGAGGGAGGGAAAAAGGAGAAACAGCAACAGGUAUGGCAGAAAAUGUCAUUUAUGCUGACCUGAACUUGCCUGAACCAACUGGAUCCAGAAUCCUAACGCUCCCUGAUGUCCAAGGCUCAGGCUGUACCUAUGCAGAUGUGAAAGUGAAAGCCCAAGACACAAAUGCUACAGCAAACUGCAAAUCAGCAGGUAAAAGCCGUUGUUCCAGAAAACAUGUCACUAUAUUGGUGGUGAUAAUCCUCGUACUGGUCCUGGCAGUAUAUUUAGUAAUCACAUAUGGUCUGACUGCAAACAGCCAACAGGACUCAACAACCAUCCCUGAAGAGGCACUAGGCUGCCCCCCACCAUGGAAAAAACAUGGGAGAAAAUGCUACUUCUUUUCUCCAGAGGCGAAGUCAAAGGACUGGAAUGCCUCCCGUGCAGAAUGCACUGCCAUGGGCUCAGACCUGGUGGUCAUUGACAGCAGGGAAGAGUUGACAUACCUGCACUCACUAUCAAGAUAUAACUACUACUUACUUGGUCUUACAUACUCUCAAGAGGAGCAGAAGUGGAAGUGGAUCAACAGCCUGGAGCAUGACCCAGACAUGUUCCAUCUAAACAGAAAUUAUAGUGACUAUGACUGCACGGUCAUUGGAUAUGGUGAAGUACAUACUCAAAAUUGUGGUGGAUCCUCAACAACACAAAAUAUGUGUGAAAAAGCUGCAACAAUAACAAAAAGGCAUCAGAAGGAGAGCUAAAAACAAGAGGUCCUGGCUGGUAGGUUAUGCCCAGCUUCAUGUAGGAAUUGUGGAUGGGAUGUGUCUCAUUUCUCUAUAGCUGCCCAGUUUCUGCUCCCAGGCUCUCCUGCAGCCUCUCUCCAGAUUCAGAGCUGAGCUCAGCCCAGCUGACCCUUUCCCUGAUGGUGUCUGAGCUUGGGUGGAUCCUCUCUGGAAGAGCUGGCACUGGCACACAGGAGGAGUCUGGGACUGUCUCAUGCCAGAGGUGGCACUUCCAGGCAGGCUCUGCCAGGGGAGAGGAGUCCAGCCUGGGGACAGGGGUGAUUCCAAACAGAUCCUGACUCUGAAAGUCACAUCCAUCCACAGCCCCAUGUUCCCAGCCCUGCCUGGGCACAAGGAGACCCUUUCCCCACUCGCCACAGCCUAAACAUGCCUGCAGCCUCAAGGGAAGGGCAGCACAGAUUUCUGGCUGGGAUCCUGUAAGGAAGGGCAACCCCAGAGCCUGUGAGGGGAUUGGGAAUUAGCCCAAGGGAAAGGAUCCUACAGCAGCACAGCUCUGGGCAUAAAAUCAGCCCCAGUCCUGUGUGGGGAAGGGAAGGAAUGUCAGAUCUUGGAUCUGCUGGGGAGGGCCAGAGGCUGGAGACUAGCAGAAACCAGCAAGGCCUGGAGAACAGAGUCCCAAAAGAAGCUGAUGUGGACAGAAAACAGGACAAUGAAACCCACAGUGACCUGUGAAGGAGCUGGUGAGAAGCAUGAGAGUGACCCACGGGGAAUGGCAACAUGGUGCUCUGACCUCUUUUCCUUGGAGACUGAUCACAGGAGGAAAUGAUGCCUGAAGGCUUUUCCUGCUCAAAAUUGUUCAAGCCAACAGCAGAAACAGCUGGCAUCAGGAAAACAGAGUUGUGUUAAGAAACAGGGAAUGUCACCAAAGUUCUGCCCAUGUUCUUUAGGGGCUCUUGGGAUCCUGGGUCUUGUGUGACACCAAGAAUAUUUCUUCUUUCUGUGUCCUUUAAGCAGAAUCAUUCCUCCUUUACUGGUGCUGUUCAUGGGUCUCUCCUUCAGCUGCAGGGUGGAGAAAGCUUUGUGAAGUCCUUGAAGAAGUGACACUGAUACCAUGGGAAAAAAUUGCUUAAUCAAAAAAUCCAUACACAGCAUGUUAUGGCCAUUGGAAGGGAAAAUGGAAUCCUACAGGAGAAACUGUCUCUUUCUAAAUUGAAAGCACAUUUUGACAUCCCUCACACCAGCCAUCCUCCUCACUGACUGGUUGCAUCAAGAUGCUUUGUGUUACAGGUAAAAAUGAAAUAUGCCCAAUUCUAAUAAAAUAAAAAUUAAUUUAUUUGUGACCAUAUUACAGUCCCGACAGCCGACAAUCAAACGGACAGCGCAACACCCCCGGGAGAUAGGCUGGGUGGGCAUAGAUCUGGCCUCUAGAGCACCAAAUCCCCCUUGUCCACACUGGCUAUUCCGAAGUAGCAGUUCUUAUAGUCUUUAUUUUGCCUGCGGCAGAGUCCCUUUGUCUCUUUUUAGAGUUCUUCAUAUUCAAGUUGGGUCUUUUCUUCAGUCCGGGCUGCACAAAGCCUUUUUCCGGGAAUUGAUCAAUGCGUUUCCCCGAUUCCCGGAAUCUGGUAUUCCAACGGCAGAUGUUGAUGGCUCCAAUUAUCUCAGAUGGGUAUCUCAUCCUGGCCAUCAUCUCUUGGGUGUCACUGGACACAUGCCUUCAUGAACGCCCAUUUUCUACUGUGCAGCUGAAGUUUCCUUCGUAUGUAAAUGUCAUGGUGCCUCCUUGCCAGUCUGCUGCGGUUUCGUCAUCCUGAGAAUGAAAUUUUUCCCCCCGCCUUUCCCUAUGUACAGUCGGUUUGGUUCAUAUAUUCUAUAUUUUAUCUGCACUAAUUACUAACUAUAUCCUUAACACUUUGGAAACGUAUUUACGGUUCUUUCCCUGACUUUCCAUCCCUGUUGCAGUGUGUUGUCAUGGUGUGCUUCAGUUCCCCUGGUUUCUCCCUGAAGUUUCCUUCUCCAGGUGGGCUGUCAAUCACCUCUCCUUUCCCCUCCCUUGACCCCUGCUGGGCACUGUCUAUCAACCCAGAAAUCCCGAGGAGAACGUCAAGCAAUUGGCAGGUUCAAAGGAUGCUCUCCACCCCCUGGGGGGCCAUUGGCCCACCCAGGUGUCCCUCUCACCUGAGACCCCCUCCCCCUGUGCCUGGUUGGUGCUCCCUGUGUUCCCUCCCCUACCCCUCUCCCCAGGUAAAAGGGCAAGCAGACCAUACAGUUGGAGGGUUGUUGGAGUUGUUGCAAUAUUCAGAGGCCAUGCAGCCUGAAAUAAAAACUCUGGAUUAAAAACUCUCCAUCAGGACCCGCUCCUUCCUUCACCUCGCCUUAAGGGUUUCUCCAGCUCAGGAAGGCCUGAGGAGUGACCCCCUCAACAGCAAGCUCCAGCCUGCAAGCUCUGGAGCUCAGAGCAUGCCGAGACUUGUCCCCACGUGCCUCAGCUGCGACCACAGGUACUGAACAGCGUCUCUGGGGAGAAAACUCCACAGGUGCUACUAUUUGGUCAGCAGCUGGGACCAGGUAGACCAAGGCAAUCCCGUUUGGUAAUAUUGGUAAAAUCCAGUACAUGCCUAAAAAACAGAGUAAGAACAUGGAGCUGUAGCAGAACAAUCCCAGUGUCAGACCCCAGGAUCUGUACUGUUAUUUCAGAAGGAGGCUGAGCUGGAGGGGUUUUUUGCUUGCACUCAUUUCACUGGAGAGGGUGGGAGAGCAUUCUGUGUUGCAUCAUAGAUUUCUGCCUUCUAUUUUCAUAUUCCAGCUGCUGUGAUCCCUUGGACCAGGUGGGCUCUUCUGAAGGUAGGGCCAGGGAAAAGCCUCUUCCCUAGGAGCCACUGGCCCUCAGUUGGAGCCUUCAGCAGGCGGCAGAGGCAGCAGCUGUGCAUCAGAAGGGUGGGAAGGGGAAGCCACCCUGGGGCGACUGUGGAACUGCACAAACUCCAUCAGACCCAGAAAGCCACAGGAAGUUUGACUGAAAGUGCUUUUUUUCCUCUGUCUCUGUGUUGUUCUUGUUCACAGUUCUCUGAUCUUGUGACCUAAGUUUUACAAUGAACUUCCGUUUUACAGUUUGUGAAUCUUGGAUUACCCCUGGCAUCCCUACUGCAAGGGAGGGAUGAAACAUUUCUUUCUCCUUCUGUGCUCAGUGCCUCAGAGAAUGCCAGGCUGGUUUAAUUCUCGCUGCAGCUGGGCAAUGGGUGACACUCCCUGGGACAGGCCAGGCUGGCAGCACCAGCCCCGGAGGAGCACAUCCUGGACACAGGACUGGCUGCAUUAGUGAUCUUUAUGAAGGAGAACCUAUGACAGGGACAUCUCCAAGAGCUGAUCCUCGGGGCUUGUCCUAUUUAUGUGGACCUGUAUCCCAACAGUGUCUCAAGCCAGCUGUUGUAUUUAGGAUACACUUAGUGGAAAAAAUGCUCUGAGUAUCUUGGCAAAAAUCACAACCAAAGGAUUUUAGUUUUAUUGCAGGAGAAAACAGUGAAUGAAGGCAAGGUUCUCAAAAGAAACGACCCCAAACCAUUAAAAAGCCCAGAAUCUGUUGCACAGAAGUAACUAAGCAGAGACCAACAUGAACAGACAUCUCAGAGAGGAGUGAUACUUUAUGUAAACAGAAGAAGUUCAUGCAGUAUUGCACAUACAAACAAUUUAUCUGGUUCUAAAUGACAAAUGCACCAAUGGAAGAAAUGGACCUCACUAUCAAAUGGGCAAUUCAGGGAGGAUGCACUGCCAAUGCAGAUUUGCUGUCAGAACAGCAAGCAGGGUUCAGAACACACAAAGAACACCUUAAAGGCAGCACUGACAGUGUCACAGAGCUUGCAGCAAUCACUGGCAGACUGGGUUCCUUUUUAGCACACACUGGAGUUUCUGGAACCAUUUUUGGUUUGUGGCUGCAAAGGCUUCAAAUGAUGAGUGACUUUUCAAGGUGCUAAGUGUGAUGUUUGCUCUGUGGUGAGUCACAAAUUAUCUAUAAAGGAAUUCUGUUCUUUCUUGGGAAGUGGUCCAUGGGAAUCUCAUGGGGUUUAACAGGACCAAGUGCUGGUGCUGUACCUGGGAUCAAUCCAGGCUGGAGAUGAACAGAUCCAGAGCAGCCCUGGCAGAAGGACUUGGGGGUGCUGUGGGUGAGAGCUGGCCCUGCCCCAACCCAGAACCCCCCU